GACCCCCCAGACCCCCCUGUGACCCCUCCCCCGCAGGGUCCCUGGCUCCGCUCCCGCUCCGGGUCCGGUUCCUGCCCUUGGGGGGCCCCCCCGCGACCCCCGCCCGCCUCGGGGGGCUCUGCCGGCUGCUGGUGCUGGGCUGGAGGGCGCUGCCGGCGCUGACCCCUGAGCUGGGGGCUCUGGCGGCCCCCGGGGCCACGCUGCUGCUGGAGCUGCCCACGUUCGUGCCCACCCUGCGCCCCCCCCAGCUGGAGGCGUUCCGGGCGCGGGCGGCGGCGCUGGCGCGGGCGGGGGGCUUCGAGCCCUGGGGGGGGCCCGGCGAGCCCCCGGCCCACGCGCGCUUCCGCAGGGCCCCCCCGCGCUGAGACCCCUCCCCAAAUCCCCCUCUCUGGCCCCGAGACCCCUCCCCAAAAUCAGCCCAAAAUUCCUCUUUAAUUCUCCCCAAAUUCCCCUCUCUGUGCCCGAGACCCCUCCCCAAAAUCAGCCCCAAAUUCCCCCCAAAUUCCCCUCUCUGUGCCCGAGACCCCUCCCCAAAAUCAGCCCCAAAUUCCCCUCUCUGUGCCCGAGACCCCUCCCCAAAAUCAGCCCCAAAUUCCCCUCUCUGUGCCCGAGACCCCUCCCCAAAAUUCCCCCCAAAUUCCCCUCUCUGUGCCCGAGACCCCUCCCCAAAAUCAGCCCCAAAUUCCCCCCAAAUCCCCCUCUCUGUGCCCGAGACCCCUCCCCAAAAUCAGCUCCAAAUUCCCGUCUCUGUGCCCGAGACCCCUCCUCAAAUUACCUCCCAAUUUCCCCUGUCUGUGCCCGAGACCCCUCCCCAAAUUACCCCCCAAAAUCGGCCCCCAAAUCCCCCCCCAAAUUCACUUCCCGGGGCUCGAGACCCCUCCCCAAAUUACCCCUAAAAUCAGCCCCCAAAUCCCCCUCUCUGUCCCCGAGACCCUUCCCCAAAUUGCCCUGUCAGUGCCUGAGACCCCCGCCCCAGAUUGACCUGUCAGUGCCUGAGACCCCCGCCCCAAAUUCCCCU